GCAAGAGACGGAGCGAGCGAGCGAGAGAUGGAGCGCAAGAGACGGAGCGAGCGAGCGAGAGAUGGAGCGCAAGAGACGGAGCGAGCGAGCGAGAGAUGGAGCGCAAGAGACGGAGCGAGCGAGCCAGCCUACACUCCACGCCGACACAAGAAGCUGUGUGUGUGAUGGCCAGCCUGGGGAGCCUGUUGGGUUUCACAAACUCUGCAUGCGGUUCCACGCCUCGACAGUUAUGAGGAGCACGUCCGUUGAGAGCACUCCAAACGCUCACGGCUUCUCUGUCCAGACUGUGGCAUCCUCAUCUCAGUGUGGAGCAUCAGUUCUGUCUGUGGGAAGCGCUGCGUGGAUGAAGCUGGCCUCAAGCAUCUCCAGAGGCUUCACCAUCAAGAGCAUGUCUACUCUUGUAAGUUCUGCCUCAAGCACUUCAAGGCCAGGGAAGGCAAGCAGACCCACGAGAAGGACGACCACCAGGUCAAAAAGUUGCACUAUAGGUGCUCCAAAUGCCCCUGGGGAUUUUACAACAUCUUGAAACGGAACCGCCAUUUCAGAGAGCAUGAGUCCAAGAGACAUUUGUAACACGUGCUACAAGGAAUUCCCCCAACUUAGCAAGCUUGAGAAGCACAAGCUGAGCCACAGUGACAACAAAUCUUUCAGGUGUCAGGUGUGCCAGCGUUCCUUUGCCCAGGCCAGCCAGCUGAAGUCUUACCUGCACACUGGGGAGAGGACCUUCAAAUGCCAGCGCUGCGUCAAGAGCUUUAACCACAACGUCAGCCUCAAGAACCUCGUCACACGCUAUCACCAAGGGGAGAGUGGGGAGGGAGUGGAGGUGCGAGAGCGGAGGAGCAGGCAACAGUGGAACUAUGAACCUGAGGAGGAGGAGCGUCAGAAUGAGAGUGAUUCUGACUUUGACCUGGAGGAAGAGGAGAAGACAGGGAGUAAAGGGAAAGGUAGUGGAGGCGGGGGGCACUGGUAGAAGCCUCUAGGAGAGAUACAGUGGGGCAAAAAAAAAUUUAGUCAGCCAACAAUUGUGCAAGUUCUCCCACUUAAAAAGAUGAGAGAGGCCUGUAAUUUUCAUCAUAGGUACACUUCAACUGUG